GGGGGAGGGGGUAGGGGCGGGAGUGAGCCGAGGCGGAAGUCGAGAGGCCUCCCGGGUGGAAGUGACGCUACCCCCGCUGCCCAAAAUGUCGGCGCCCAGAGGGAGGUAAAGAGCCCGCCCACCACUGCAGCGCGCACCAUGGACGAAGCCCUGCUGCCCGCGCCCCCGGCGCCCCCGCCCGCCCCUGUGCCCGCGCCGCCCGCCGCCGCCGCCCCCCGGGUGCCCUUUCACUGCAGUGAAUGUGGCAAGAGCUUCCGCUACCGCUCGGACCUGCGGCGACACUUCGCCCGGCACACGGCCCUCAAGCCCCACGCGUGUCCGCGCUGCGGCAAGGGCUUCAAGCACAGCUUCAACCUUGCCAACCACCUGCGCUCGCACACGGGCGAGCGGCCCUACCGCUGCUCCGCCUGCCCCAAGGGCUUCCGGGACUCCACCGGCCUGCUGCACCACCAGGUCGUGCACACCGGCGAGAAGCCCUACUGCUGCCUCGUGUGCGAGCUGCGCUUCUCCUCGCGCUCCAGCCUGGGCCGCCACCUCAAGCGGCAGCGCGCCCCGGGGAGCUCGCGCGGCAAGAGGAUCUUCGGCUGCUCCGAGUGCGAGAAGCUGUUCCGCUCGCCGCGCGACCUGGAGCGCCACGUGCUGGUGCACACGGGCGAGAAGCCCUUCCCCUGCCUCGAGUGCGGCAAGUUCUUCCGCCACGAGUGCUACCUCAAGCGCCACCGCCUGCUGCACGGCGCCGAGCGGCCCUUCCCGUGCCACGUGUGCGGCAAGGGCUUCAUCACGCUCAGCAACCUCUCCCGGCACCUGAAGCUUCACCGGGGCAUGGACUGAGCCAGCCUGCGGGAACCCGAGCCUCCCCGGCGGGCCGCCCCGACACACAGGCCCCCGGCACGCGGGCACCGAGGAGUGCGUGUCUCCGCGAGAACCUUUCCUCCAGUACCACGGCGGGCACCCCCAGGGCGUCUCGGCGACCUGGGGCUGGGGACUGCAGGGACCGCGUCCCCUAGCUCGCCCGGAUCUCCUCCAGACGUACCCACCAGCCCGCAGUGGCCCCAGAAGAUGGAUAUAGCCGUAAUCUGCCUUCCCCCAUUUCAUUCCCCUUGCUGAAAGAGGACCAGGGUAGACGCCCCGCCUUCAUGACCCUCCCCUCUGCGGAAUGGAUCGGCCCUAAGAGCACCCCACCCCGAGCACUCUAGUAGACUGGUCCAGCACCCCGCCCAGUAGGAUGGACUGAAGCAGGCCGCGCCCUACCCAGCUGCGGGCCCUUCGGCUCGUGCCGGCCGCUUGCUUUGAUCCAGUAGGAGAGACGCCCCAUAUCCCAUAGAAUGCAGCUCGGUCCAGAUAGUCCCCAACCUGUGACCUCAUCCGGGAGGUGGCAGACACCCGGCUUCCCGUCUCUACCAUAGCACCUGUCGGCCUUUCUCUCCGUCUCCGUCAGCGUGUCUGUCUCUUGACUCCCUCCCAACCCCAAAGGGAAAGGGGAAGUUGGCUGGGGUCCCCCCCGCAAGAGCUUCCACCUCGCGCCUCUUCCCCUGCCCAGUGUCUCCAGGGCCCCAAUAAACCUCAUCCUGUCAGUCA